CGGCCGAUUGAUGGAAAGCCUGUGAAGUUGAAUUUCCAAGUCGACGGGAAGACCAUUCAGCAAAGCCGGCUCCACCUCUCCGGGACAUUCCCGCUGUUGCCUGGGCCCCGCAGUGCCAGAGAACCGAAACAUCCAAGCGGAUCAAGCUUGGCAUUCAACUCGAUGAAACAAACCCCCGACGAGUACGCUGAAACUCCUUCCACCACAGCCACAUUCGCGGAUACCGCCGUGUCGUCAUGCGUACCUCAAAACGCAAUUGCUGGCGAGCGAUGUAAGAACUGCGAUGCUUCGCACAGGCACUGCGCAUACAUCCCCCCCUCAUCGACGAUCAACAGGCCGUCUUGCGACAACCCCGACUUGCGUUUCCACCCCCUCCACCCGACCGCGAUUGCAACCGGCAAUCAUUUCGUGUCGCGUCAACCGACCGCCCCCUUUGCUUCCCUGAGGGACCCCAAGGUGGCGGGUGACGACCUCAACCCGAAUUCUGCUACAAGAUGCCGCCGCGACGCCACGGGCGCCGGCAAAUUCGCCGACGAGUCGCAAUGGAAAAAUAAGAGCUUUGUCGGAAGGAGCCUGAGAAUGAGAACGGUCGAGUUGGGAGACACGCUCCCGGUACGAGGUUCGGCAUCCAUAGGCGUGCUCGGCGUCGCUGGAUUAGGCAGCUGCAGCUUGAAUCUGGAUGAUUUUCAUCAGGUCGGCCCGUUGCAUGGUUCGACUCCUCUUCAAUGUGCGCCAAUCGACUCGACGGAACAGAGCAGGUGGUUUGAGGGUAUCCGGUGGAAACGUGCUCUCUCCAUACCCUCCCAAUCCACCCGGCUGGCUUCUCCAUGCCACAACCAACAGCACGGUAAUGGCUUACCUCAUACUUUUCCACGGCGACCGCUCUUCCCACAGCUUUUGAGCACGGCUGGCUAUCUGUAUGGUUGCCUUUACUCCCUACCCACCAAUGCGCUGCAUUCGGGCUGCAUACUUUGGGAUGUUCAGAUGUGGACCGUGCCCGGUCGCCAACCGGCGCAACAGCAACCUGGCUCGGGGGUCACUGCAUCCGAAGCAUCCGCUAGUGUCCUCCAACCGGCGCCGAAUAAAUCCCCAAGGAGCCCGUGUUUGUCGUCUCCGCAUGACUCAACCCUGUGGUCUUCCGCGGCCCGGGCACCGAACUGUGUCAAACCUUGUCGUGUCCUUCCGCAUCGCGUCAACCCGCCGCGGUUGCACUCUUUCGCAACCGGGACCAGAAUCGCCAGCUCGACCGUCUGACUGCUUCGCGUCACCCGUCGAGCCCGCUGACGAGGCCGAUCCCUAGUUCGAGACUGUCGUUGGUUUUGCUCCGACAGUGUUAGUCAUGCAGGACCGUCCUCUCGCAAUCUGAGCUGAGAAAGCCAAACCACCGGUGACGACGCUCAGUCCGGCGCAUUAGAUCGUCUUUCCAUGACCACGCCAUUGGACAAUUAUCCCCGUUGGUGGCAGCUCUUGCGUCCAGUG